AGGCUGAAUGAAAACAUUUUUCUUGGAUUGGACAAUUUGAAGAAAUUGGACAUCUCACGGAACCACAUCAACUUCAUAGAUUCUGAUGCAUUUAUUGGUCUCUCUUCAUUGGAAUCAUUAAAUUUGCGUCGCAAUAAAAUUGGGAAUCUGCAGCCCAAAAUAUUUGAAAAAUUGAUAUCAUUGAAAAUAUUGGACUUGAGUCACAACGCAAUUCAAGCUCUGUUUCCUCUGAUGAUGAAAGGAAUGCACUCGGCCGAGACUCUGCUGCUUAACAACAACCCUAUCGUUAUGAUCAGCAAAAACACAUUCAGUUCGUUGAAAAAAUUGAAAGAUCUCCAUUUAGAAAAAUGUGAAUUAAAUUUUUUUGAAGCGGAUAUAUUUAAUGGACUCACAAAUUUGAAACGACUUUAUUUGCAAAAUAAUAACAUAAACACUUUACCAAAUGGCAUUUUUCGACCUUUAAAAUCUCUCGUAAAACUUCAGUUGGAAUACAAUAGAUUGCCAUUAUUAAAUGCUUGUGCUUUUGAUAAGUUGAUAUGGAAAGGUGCGAUUUACAUAAUUGGUAAUCCUAUUCGUUGUGAUUGU